AUGGGUAUUUUUAUAAGAAACGCCAACACAUCUGUGAGCAUUUCACUCACUGCACUACGACUGGUUGGAUUUUGGUCUCCAAGAUUGACAGGAAUGAGCAAGUUUUAUUAUAACUGUUAUUCCUUGAUUUCAUUUAUGUUUUUGUUGGGAACGUACCUUAUCAUCCAAGUAGUAGACUUGUUUCUGAUCUGGGGCGACCUGCCGCUGAUGACGGGCACGGCGUUCCUCUUAUUCACCAACGUGGCGCAGUUUGCGAAGAUUAUCAAUAUUCUGAGCAGGCGGGAGAGGAUCCAGCGCAUCAUCGAUGAUGCUGAUGCGGUGCUCACCAGUGUGCGCGAUGCAGAAGCCAAGGAAAUUGUCAGAACUUGUGAUCGUGAGACCAAGCUCCAGCUGGGCAUGUACAGCUGCAUCACACUGGUAACCGCUGUCGGCUGGGCAGCCAGCGCUGAGAAGAACAAACUGCCUCUACGAGCGUGGUACCCAUACGACACAUCUAAGUCCCCAGCGUAUGAGCUGACGUACGUGCAUCAGAUCGGGGCUCUGUUCAUCGCCGCAGGGCUGAACGUGUGCAAGGACUCGCUGGUGAGCGCGCUGGUGGCGCAGUGCCGCUGCCGGCUGAAGCUGUUGGGGCUCGCCUUAGUAACGAAUUUUCCGUUUCGAAAUACUGGUCUUAACUCAAAGUCUUGUCUUCAGAACCACUUAACCUCUGAGCAAGAGGCUGUUGUCUCUGCCAGGCUACGAGAAUGCGUGGUGGAGCACCAGGCGGCGUUGGAUGCUGCUAGAGAACUCCAGGCCUGCUUCUCAGCGCCUACCUUCGCGCAGUUCACUGUCUCCCUAAUCAUUAUAUGCGUGACGGCUUUUCAGCUGGUUUCUAUGACUGGAAACCUUGUUCGCUUGCUAUCUAUGGGGACAUAUCUGCUGAAUAUGACGUUUCAAGUGUUUAUUUACUGCUACCAAGGGAACCAGCUCUCUGAAGUGAGUUCGCAGGUAGCUGGCGCGGCGUACUCCAGCCCCUGGUACCUGUACCCUGUGCCUCUCCGAAGGUCUCUGCUCAUCGUGAUGGUGAGGUCGCGGCGCGUCGCCAAAAUCACUGCUGGGGGCUUCACCACGCUCUCACUGGCUUCUUUUAUGGCUAUCAUCAAGGCAUCAUAUUCUUUGUUUACAUUGCUUCAACAAGUUGAAGAGAAGAAUAUGGGAAUUUUCGUGCAAAAUGUUAAUCGCUCUUUACGUUUUUGUUUGACGAUGUUAAAACUCACGGGAUUUUUAGUGCCAAAUGGCUGCAUUAAGUUUACUGUUUUCCAUAAUAUCUACUGGCUUUUCUGGAUGAUGUUUGUCGUUGGAAUAAAUGUGAUAACACAAACUGGAGAUCUGAUCCAAGUGUGGGGAAAUCUCUCCCUGAUGACGAGCGCGGCGUUCCUUCUGCUCAGUGACGUGGCGAUGAUGAUGAAGGUCAUCAAUGUGGUGAUGAGAGGGCGAGUCAUACAAACGGUGAUCGACGGCAUGGACCUAGAGUUAAGAAGCGAGGCCAGGGCGAAAGGGAGGAAGAUUAUGAAAGAGUGCGACGAUCAAACUACCAGACAUCUGUAUUUGUUUCUAUGCUUGUCUGGAGUCACUGUAUUGGGCUGGGCCGGCAGCGCUGAACAUAAUAAACUACCUUUAAGAGCUUGGUAUCCAUAUGACACGUCUACAUCUCCAGCUUACGAACUGACGUAUAUACAACAGUGCUUGUCGGUGAUCUUCGCUGCCUUGUUGAAUGUGUGUCUGGACACGCUAGUCACCUCGCUGAUAGCGGUGUGUCGCUGCAGACUGCGACUUCUGGCGUUGUCACUAACACAAUUAUGCCAAAAUGUACCACUUGGUAAAAAGAAUCAAUUAAUCACCACUGGACAAAAUACCAUCGACUUGCGACUCAGGAGUUGUGUGCUGAAACAUCAGGCGGCAUUGAGGGCAGCCUCACAGAUCCAGGAGUGCUUCUCGGAGCCGAUCCUCACUCAGUUCACAGCAUCGACGGUUAUUAUCUGCGUCACGGCCUACCAACUCCGAAUUGAAAUCCAUCAAAGUAACCUGGUGAGAGUGAUAUCUAUGAUGGCAUACCUGCUGUGUAUGAUGCUGCAAGUAUUUCUUUACUGUCUUCAAGGGAACCAACUCGCUGAAGAGAGUUCCAACAUAGCGGAGGCAGUAUACGAGUGCCCGUGGUAUCGACUACCGCUGCCGCUGCGCCGGAGUCUGUUGUUGAUGAUGGUGCGGUCGCGGCGUGUGGCGCAGCUCACAGCUGGUGGGAUCGCCACGCUUUCACUUGCUUGCUUUACUUCUAUAAUAAAAGUAUCUUACACUUUCUUUACCGUACUGCAGAGCGUCGAAGAUUGAUGGAGAAUAUUAUUUGCAUGCAUAUUAUAUGCAGUUAAUAUAGUAUUAACUGCAAGAAAUUCAGAAUUUCAAAAAUUAUGUAGA